AUGUCACUCAUUGUGCGGUCUGCUCCGCUGAGACGCACUUCGAGGACUUUGCUGAAAUGUCUUUCUAAGAAGAACUUUGAACGGCUUAUCUAUCGGACGUACUUCGUGGGCCGUAGUGAUGGCAAGGUAUCUGGCAGUCCGUUGAAGAGGUCGAGUCCUCUUUCACAUGGCAGGGAUUUGAAUUUUGCGCUGCUGGGCGGGGGAGUGUUGGUUUUGACGUACUCGUACUUUUCGUCAAAGAGUGUGGUGUCCCUGGACACAGUCAAAGGUCUGAGGUACUAUUCGAAUGGGGCCAAUGGCGAGAAUCUGGUGCAGAAGGCGGGAGCGGCUGAGGAGGAGUCUUCACAGAGUGGCUCCGGUCAUGGCGAUUCUAUUGUGUUGUUGACGGAGCAGCAAAUCGACGCUAAGCUAAGAGGCGGUGAAAAGAGCUUUCUGGUGAAUAGAGGGAAGGGAAUUGUCCGGUACGAUGUGUCGCAGUUGGCGUCUAAUCACCCGAUUGAGGAUAACCAUGUGGAGCAGGUGAUUAGCGUGCCGGUUUCUGGGGAGGCAGAUCGGCAGGAGGAGCUGUACUUUUUUGGUAUUUUUGAUGGCCAUAGUGGCUCUUUCACAUCAGCCAAGCUCUCGCAGGAGCUGGUCCCGUACGUGGCUCGAAAACUAAGCCAGUUCUACCGGGAGGGAACUGAUGCGUUAGCGUCGUCGUCUAAGAUGGACGAGGCGCUCAUUCAGACGUUUGAGCAGCUGGAUAACGACAUCGUUUACGGAUCGCUGGGGAAAUUGCUUCGCGAACCCACCAAGGACAAUAUGGUCGGCUGUUUGCCCGCAAUUUCCGGCUCGUGUGCGCUUCUGACAGCUUACAAUUCGCUGGAUUCUACCGUUAAAGUAGCUGUCAGCGGCGAUUCCAGAGCGUUGAUUGCCGGUGUCGAUGGCAAGGGACAGUGGGUUGUUAAAUCUCUCUCGACGGACCAGACGGGCGACAACCCUGACGAGGCUCGAAGGAUUCGUUCCGAGCACCCGGGAGAGCCUAACGUCGUCCGGAAUGGCAGAGUCCUGGGCUCUCUGCAACCCUCUAGAGCUUUUGGUGAUUGUCGCUACAAAGUAGGUGAGGUUGACGGUCAAUCGCUGGCGAACCUUCCAGAUCACCUUCGGAUCUACUUCAGAUCCAAACCCCGGAACUUUUUGACACCGCCCUACGUGACAGCAAGACCAGAGAUAACAACAACCAGGAUAGAACCCAAUACGAAGUUCAUGGUUUUGGGAUCCGACGGGCUGUUUGAACUACUAACCAACGAAGAGAUUGCCGGCCUCGUCAUCAGAUGGCUGCAAAGCAACGGCAGAGGAGACUCCUCUGCUGCAGCUUCGGAGGGCAAGCUGCCGCACGUUACUGAUCUUUCCGCCCAUAAGGAGUUCUUAAGGCCUGCGUUUAGAUACCAGAGCACCAAGGAGGGCUCCGAAGGAUACUUAAUGGAGGACAAAAACGUCGCAACGCAUUUAAUAAGAAACGCACUCAGUGCUGGCGGUAGCAAAGAGUAUGUUUCAACGCUGGUUAGUAUACCAUCGCCAAUGAGCCGGAAAUACAGAGAUGAUUUAACUGUCACGGUGGUUUUCUUCGGGGAUACAACAGACAAAACCCAACCGAACAAUGGUACCAUAGAGCCCAAUCUCGAGGCCACGGCUCUGCCAAAACCCAGACUCUGA